AUGGCCACAGCCUGGUUCCCUAGUGUGGGCACGUUGCUGCCCAUUGCAGCGCUUAUGUUCUACCGACUGGGACGCGACGAUACGACCAUGCAGACGCUCGACCUUCUCCAGGAGUACGAUUACAUCAUUGUGGGUGCGGGCUCGGCGGGCUGUGUGCUGGCCAACCGGCUGAGCGCUGAGCCGCAGACGAAGGUGCUCCUGCUGGAGGCUGGUGGGUGGGAAGGCGAGCUGGCUGACAUCCCCCUGAUCGCAGCUUCUGUCCAGGGAACAGCUCUGGACUGGAAUUACACCACGCGGCCACAAGAGGCGGCUUGCUUCGGCAUGCACGAAAGACGCAGCAAGUGGCCACGGGGCAAAGUGCUAGGUGGUUCGAGUGUCCUCAACUAUAUGCUUUACGUGCGAGGUAGCCCUCAUGACUACGACCGCUGGCGGGAUCAUCAUGGCUGCGAUGAGUGGGGAUGGCAAGAAGUGCGGCCGUACUUCUUGCGCUCGGAGCACAAUUGGGACCCGGACAUCGCCUCUAACGGUCACCACGGGACUGACGGGCCCCUUUCAGUGAUGCGCGCCCCGUACCACACUCCCGUGGCUGAAGCCUUUGUGGAGGCUGGCCGGCAAAUGGGCUACCCCGCAGGUGGCGACAUCAACGGAGACAAACUCGCAGGCUUCACGAUUCCGCAGGGCACCGUCUGGCAGGGUCGCCGUCACAGUACACGCCGUGCCUUUCUGGACCCUAUCCUUCACCGUCAGAAUCUGCACAUCGGAGUCUACUGCCACGUUACCAAGGUUCUCGUGAAAGAUGGCAUGGCCUACGGUGUUACCUUCGACCGCUACACGGUAGCACACCGCGCUCUGGCCCGACGGGAGGUGAUCCUGGCAGCCGGGGCCAUCGGCUCCCCUCAACUGCUGCUUCUCUCAGGCAUUGGACCCGCCGUACAUCUCAACGAAAUCGGGGUACCCUUGGUGCGAGAUCUGCCCGGUGUGGGUGCCAACCUUCAGGACCACAUUUUUCCUGGUGGCCUCAACUUCCUGCUAGAGAAGCCAGUGUCCGUGCUUCAGUCGCGCACCUUCACCCUGCGGGAGUUGACGCACUACCUUGCCACCCGCUCUGGCCCACUGACGCUGCUUGGUGGAGUCGAGGGUUUAGGCUUCGUGAGCACACGCUAUGCCAGUAUGGAGUGGCCAGACAUUGAGAUCCACAUGGCGUCCGGCUCUCCUGUGUCGGAUGAUGGCGAUACCUUCCGCUUCGCACAUGGAUUAAGCAACGAGACGUGGGAAUCAACAUUUCUUCCAUACCUGGGGCGCGAAUCUAUGUCGCUGUACCCUGUGAUUCUGCGACCACAGUCACGCGGCCGACUGCGCCUACUCUCCCAAGACCCGUACGAUGCACCGGACAUCGACCCUCGCUAUCUCACACAUCCACGGGACAUCAACACUAUGGUUGACGCCAUGAAGUUGUGUCUCCGGCUGGCGGGAAUGCCUGCUCUGCGGCACCUGGGCACACGUGUGUGGGAGAAGCCGCUGCCUGGCUGCGAGCUGUACCCGUUCCUCGGCGAUGAGUACCUGGCCUGUGUGGCUCGCUCGUACACCAGCACCUUGUACCAUCCGGCCGGCACCUGCCGCAUGGGGCGCGUCAACGACUCGCGCACUGUCGUGGACUCAGAGCUCAGGGUGAAAGGAAUAGAUCAUCUGCGCGUUGUGGAUGCUUCGAUCAUGCCCACCCUUGUGUCCGGAAAUACCAAUGCACCAGUCAUCAUGAUCGCAGAGAAAGCCUCGGACAUUAUCCAAGAGCAUUGGCAGAAAAUUCCUGUCCUGAGCAAAGAAUCCGACGCAGUAACAAUGUCAACGCCCAAGCUUUGAAGCUGUGCCAGAAACCACUCAAAGACUUGGCUGUGUAGCAAUGCACUAAGAAUGCAGGAACUAGAAAGCUUUUUUUUUUCUCGCUUGAUUUGACAUAGAUAGCGCAUCAAGCAGUAUUUUAAAAGGUGCCCCAAAUCUUUCUUGGGAACGGGUUGCAGUGUUUCAA